GUCACCGCGAUGGCGGCGCUGGUGCGGGCGGCCGGGCGAGCCCUGCUGGGCUGCGCCGCGCCCCUGCUCCGCGCCGAGCGGGGCAUUAGCAGCGGCGGCGGGGCGCUGUGCGGGCCAGUGCGGCCUGGCCUCCCCGUGCCGCUGUCUUCGCCCCUGGCAGGCCUCACCCGGCCUAUCCGCAUCAGGGAACCCCAGAAGCGCCAGCAGGUGGAUCGGUGGACGGAAAAACGAGCCUUGGUGGGAGAUCGGAUGUUCAUGGAGGACUACCACAAACUCAACAAGAGGAUCCGGUACUUGUACAAGCGUUUCAAUCGCACUGGGAAGCACCGUUAGGACUGACUGGGGGUUUGAUAUAUGCAGCAUGGUUUUGUGCUGUCGCGGUCAGAAUAAAAACAGCUUUCACACA